AUAUGAAUUACUGGGGGACUGUAAAAACCGCAGAAGUAACCCGAAAUGCUUCACCUGCUGACAUGGGUUCUGAUCUUUAUACCAGCUUAUCCAGCUGCAGAGGACGUUUGCUCUCAAAGGCCAGAUGUAACAGCCUUGAAAAACUGUUGCAAACUGCCCAAUCUGGAUUUCUCAACUUACAAUUCCAAGUGCAGUCAAUAUCUGGUCAAUGGGGUUCAUAUAUCACCUUGCAGUUUUGAGUGCAUUUUCCAAGCGUCCAAAGCUUUGAACGGAACAAGUUUGGUAAUGGAAAACAUCGAAAAGAUGUUGAAGGUAAUUUUGGAUUCUGAUAAAUUUGUGAAGGUCUAUGUGGACGGUUUCAGGAGCUGCUCUGCUCAGGAGAAAGUUAUGAUUAGGAACCUGAAGCGACGUCGUAUGCCUCUAACUGGAAAGUGUUCCUCUAUGGCAUUAAUGUACGCUUUGUGUGCCCAUCGGUAUUUCUACCGCUUUUGUCCGGACAGCGUCUGGAGCAAAAGUUCUGUGUGCAAUGAGGCCAGGGAGUACAGUAUUCGUUGUGACGAUCAGCUAUCUGGUUAG